CGAGCUCUAACUUAACUUAAGUCCCUGCAACUUAUCUUUCUCCAAAUGUCAACCAAGGACCGACAUUAUUGGAGUCAGCUUCGAGCAGCCCUCACAGCCGGCCACUGGUCCUCCUCAUCGCCAGCCAAAGCAUUCAAUGGCGCUCCUCUUUCCUGGUCGGAGCUCUUUCGCAAAUUCAACAAGCAUUGCAAAGGUUACGUAGACGUAGCGGAAGUUGCUUCACAGACCCAUGCUUUAUCUCUCUUGCUCAUUGCCAACUCUAAAGACGAAGAUCAGGAUGAACCUGUACGACCAGAAGAAUAUCCACUGGAACUCGGCGAUGAAUGUAUUCUUGCAUCGGAAAGGGUAGAAGAGGCUCGGUUGGGAUAUGACAUACUGAAGAAAAUAGAGUCUUCGAAUUUUGAUACAUUGAAUUUUGCAUUGGCGUACUAUGCAUAUGCUCUAGGUAAUCCUUCCGAAUGCUUGGAUCAUCUAAAGAAGGUUCCCGACGUCGCGCACGUACAAAAUCACAUCCCUUUGCCCGCGACACUCAGAGCGAACACACUGCGCGUCCCAACGGGAGGAUCAAGUAUAACUACCCCUCCAGCAGAAAGCAUCGCAGGAACCGAAUCGACAAUAUCUAUUGCCGAUAUCAAGGAUGGUCGCGCUUGGGCAAUAACGGAAACUAUCCGCAGCCUAUGCUUACAAGGAAUGUCCCACGAAAAGCUCUUUCCUACCGAUCCUCGAAAGGCCCUGAAAAUAUAUGCUGCCUCUUUUCCCCUUCUCACAAUCGUAGAAACCGAACUAGCAUCAACUUUCGCCCCGAUUCCCACUUCUACCGGAAAAAUAGACUUCUCGUCGUUCACCAGAUUCCGCGAAGUUUGGCGAUGGGUUGAACGGUUGCUCUGGCGCGCUAUAGUCCUCGGUUCCCGGACUCUUAAUGUCCACCACGACCACAAAAUUACUUCUUGUAGAGAGUCAGACUCAUUCUGGACUUGGUUAGAACAUUAUUCUAGCUGUAGCGUGUACUGGCCAUCAAAUUUCCGCACCUCACAUCGAUCGACGAUUUCAGUGAUAUACCUCCGGGCACUUGUGCUGCGGCAUGGGGCAAAAACUCCCGAACCGGCUCUAGUAGGAACUGCCCGAAAGUCGCCGCAAUGGAUGAAUACUGCUCGUAGUGUUAUACAAGAGUAUCGUGCCAUUCUCAAUGUCUCGACCAAAUUCCCAAAGGCUGGUGAACGAAAUCAUAAAGUUGAGGAUUUCGCCGAACAAUGUGUCGCGGUAUGGGAGGCUAGUGGAGGUGUGGGAGAAUACGGUGGGUGGGUCCUCGAUGUGCUCUGGUGGGCUAUGCGAUUAACGUUUAACUCAUACAGCAUUCAAAGGCAUUUGACGCGGUUAUUAUACGUCUCGGGUGACAUCCCUCUCGCUCGACGAACACUCAGACUCUACGUUCAAAUUGUUUCGAAAGCUCAUCAGGCUUCCACAGCCAGUGGAAUCACAGGGGAAGAACUCGAACACGAAGCUGAUACGGACCAAAGCUGGGUGCAAACUUGUGUCUUUGGUGCACGAAUGUUGUGUAGGAUCGUCUCUUCAACAUCCGCCAGCGUUUCCACUGGUAGAGCCAAGGUGAUUAUGGACGAUCUACGGGAAGCAGAAACGUUGAUUGGGAAAGCAAAAACGCGAUUAAAUGUUUCGUACCGAGAAUUAUCUGCUAGUGUGGAUUUGGCAGAGGGAAUAUGGUUGACUGUCAUGGCCAUCAAACAACAUAACUCAGACACCCGCCCCUCCAAUUUUGCAAAAGCCCAUGCGUUGUUCCUACGCUCCAUAGACACAUUCCCCACAGCAUCUGCGCAUUAUCAUAUAGCACUAUCGUACGCACGAUACAUCCCUCCCACACCUCGUCUCUCUUCUGAAGAUAAUUACGAAGAUAAUUACAAUCAAGGCAGCGAAGUUUUCCACGAGCAAAAUCUGGAAAAAGCUAUCUUACACGUAGCAACUGCGGCUGAGAGCAAACCUUCCGAGAUUAGAUAUUGGCACCUCAUCGGAUUACUCUCAGCAAAGAUGGAGCAGUGGGAAGCUGCGCAAAGUGCACUAGAGACAGGCGCUGCACUUGGGGAGGUUUCCGAUGUUGCACAAAAUGCUGAGGAUUUGACUGAUACCCAGAGCACCACAAGACUCAGUGUUCCUUCGCAAGGAACAGCAAAAGUUAAUGACCACCCGCCACGUGCAAUUGAGGGUUUGCCCCCUUCAGACCCUUCGCACUCAAUUUUUGAAACUUUAUUACCCCCGAACGAGGAAGAUGUUCCUCCGGUGUAUGCCCUUGGACCAAACACUACAGGUUUAUCCCAGACCCAGAGCUUACCCCCGUCUUCAGAGCUGCUACAAGCCGUUGCUGAUCAUCCUGAACCAUCGAGGCAUGAGAAGUUUGAGUACGCACUACAGUUGAGGAUGACGCAGGUAGCAGUGAUAGAGUACGUCGAGGGCGCCGAGGGCGCAGCAGACAAGCUUCCCGAAGUAUUCCAGUGGAUCGCGGAAAAGCGAGGUAUUAGCGGAGAUCAGACUCACGCCCGCUCUUCAAUUGAUAUGGCGCGGUCGGCGGACAUGAAACUCAGAACACCAUCUGAGCUCGCAUUGUCUAUAUCGGCUUCCAACUCACAGGCCGGCCAUGAAGUCAAGGCAAUACAUGAUGCUGCCGUUGAGCAAAGUCAAGACCAAUCACUACACCGGCCAUCCUUAUCGAACACCAGUUCGACCGAGCUUCAGCCUCCAAUUCCUAUCAUGAUAUCCCCCGCUACUCCGGACGGUACGGGGUCUCCUGCGAAUGGCCAAAACCCGCUUGACGUCAAGAAGGAGAAGAGGAAAGAAGUAGAGUCGGACAACGUAUCCGAUAAACACCUCCGGAUUUCUGCACACACUCACGACCGGGACGCGUCAAAAUCGAAAAAAAUGCAGCAAAAAUUGAAAAGCCAGGUCCACAAGGGGAGUGCUCGGAUUAGCACGAUUUCGAAGAAAAUUGGUCAAGGUGUAGUAAAGAAUGGGAGUUUGAGAAGAUCGAAUUCCACACCUGAUUUUCAUGCAGUCCUGCGUCCAACAUCCUACCAAGCUUCAUCGAUUCACUCUCGCAGACGUGUAAGCGCCCCUUCGCCAGUACCUGAGCUUUUAGAUGCCUCCUCUCCACCUCCGCCACCACCACCUGCCUUACCGCCGACAUCCGAUUCAAAAUGGAACAGUCGCACUACGAAGGAAAAUCGUUUGUUGAGCGAUCUCUGGCUAAUGUCAGCGGCUACCUUCAGACGGUUGGGCAAAAUUGAGCAAGCAAAGGGUGCUAUACAGGAGGCAGAAGUGAGGGAUGAAACCAAUCCGGGUGUUUGGGUGCAGCUUGGCCUUUACUACGUUGCCCUGGGCCGGUCUCUUGCAGCAACAGAGGCUUUUCAGAAAGCAUUGUUCAUAUCAUCUGAUGACGUCGAUGCAUCUGUCUAUCUUGCACGCUUAUAUCUCUUUCCUGAGGAAAUCUCCCACAAGAAGUUUAGAGAGGAAGCUGUUCCCGAGAAUAUUGACCUUGUGGCAGGAUCUCUAGCUCAUCUCACACAAGGUGCUGGUUGGGAUAUUCCUGAAGCUUGGUAUUUUCUUGCAAAAGCGUAUGGCAUGCAAGGUCGCAAAGAACGGGAGCGAAAUUGCUUGACCUCAGCUCUGAAGCUUUCGGAAAAUAGGGGUGUAAGAAGUUUGGGCGCUGCUCUAGGAAUAUGUCUGUGAUUUUUGCAUUGCUUUCCUUCACGUUCGUCAUUGCAUAUCUACGUUUUCGUUGGGAAAUUUUGCAUUCAAUCUAUACCCCUUCAUUGCAUGAAGCAAUUACUCUACUCGAUGCUCACUAAUGUACUUAUCAUGCAAGGCCUUCACUCUUCUAC